AUGAUAGCGUUGGGGCUCGACAAUGCUAUCGGUGGACCCACACUGAACUCACAGGUCAUCUCAGCUCUUGCGACCGAAGACUUUCAUAUGGGUGUCUUCGGUUUGGGUCACCAAGGGACAAAUAUUAGCAGUUUGAGCGAGCCACAUCCGACUUUCUUAACGGCAAUGCACAAUGAGAGCUUGAUUCCAAGCCUAUCGUGGGCAUAUACUGCGGGGGCACAAUAUCGAUAUGUACUUGGAAGCUUGACGUUUGGCGGCUACGAUCGUUCACGAUUUGUCCCCAAUAAUGUCCCUCUUUUCCUCGCCGCCGAUAUCUCGCGUGAUCUCGUGGUUGGACUACAGUCGAUAUCUUCAACGAGUAUGAAUGAUCUCACUUUUUAUCAACAGUCGUUACUACCGAACCCAAUCUUGACUUUUAUUGACUCAACCCUACCACAUAUAUACCUCCCCAUCGAAGCAUGUCAAGAAUUUGAAAAGACACUCGGGCUAGCAUGGAAUAGUACAGCGGAAAUGUAUUUGGUGAAUGAUACUCUCCACCAGAGUCUGUUAUCAAAAAACCUCAGUUUCAGUUUCACAAUCGGAGAUGCCAUAGCUGGCGACCCUACAUUACAGAUUACCUUGCCAUAUGCAAGCUUCGACCUAGAGGUGGAUUAUCCUGCCGAUUUAGAUACCCUUCGAUAUUUUCCCUUAAAAAGGGCUGUCAACGAGUCCCAGUUUACUCUAGGUCGAACCUUUCUACAGGAAGCAUACAUCAUCGUCGACUAUGAGCGCUCCAACUUCUCUGUUUCGCAAUGUCGAUUUGAAGAUGGUAUUCCUGCAGACUUAGUUGCCAUUCCGUCAGCCACUGAAACACCAAGUCACCUACGUCGCAAUGUCGCCAUAGGGACCAGCGUUGGAACAGCUUUGUUUCUUCUACUAGCUACCCUUGCAGCUAUUUUCGCCAUCCGAAGGUGGCGACAAAAUGCGAACACCCAACCUAGUAGCGAAGCCACACAGCUCCGUACGCUCUUCCAGGAGCCGAGAGAAUCAAUCGUUAGUUUUGCGCAGGAAAUCGGUCACAACAGCACAGAUGAGCCAAUUCGGGAGCUCCCUGAUAGCGCGCAAGCCAGAGUGGAAUUGCUGAACGAGCAGGCUCCCUCGGGAUCAGGCAAUGAGAUCCCCGAGAUGCCGGAGGCUCUUCCGACCGUUCCCCACGAACUGAGAAUCAACCGGAGCUCACAUGUCAUGGUACAGACACGCAACGCUAACAAUUACCUAAUCUUCGCCUCGACGAAAUCCGCGAGGAAAAGUUGGCCAAGCUUUGCGUCAUCUGAUGGCGCACUCUGCAAUGAAACCGUGAUAUCUGCCUCGGCUCUGCGAAAGGAGAUUGAAAUGGAUAGAGCUUCAAUCGCCACUUCAAAUCUAAAGACAGAAAUAUAUUCCUUAUAUAUACGAAAGCCGCUCGAUCUGAAUAGGUCGUUGCCACCAACUCCAAUUUCGGAGAGCCCCCAGGUAUCGCCCGUUCUGGCAGAAUCAACCGACGAUCUUCCCUCUGCCAACGCCCACGGCACUGUAUCUGCUUUUGUUUCUCCAGAAAUGCCUGUCAUGACUUAUCCGGCGACAGCCUUUAAACACUCAGCGUCUUCCUCUUUUCAAAAUCGAACUCCUCACCACUUCGCACUUGGCACAUCUUCACCCAUGGCACCAGACGAAGACAGACAUAGAGACAAAAGAUUCAAGACCGCAGAAGAGAUAGGAGGUAGCUUCACCUCAUCAGCCACCACAUCAAAUUCUCGCCCCAAUGUCCAGCCAGUACCCCCACCGAUGCCGCAUGACCGGCUCAGCACUUCAUCUCACGUUGACAGCAUCCAUCCUUCCGCGGCGCAAGAUCCUCUCUCUAGGCGCAGAGCCAACGGCGGCUUGAACCAUGAUGCCGUGGACGACUCAGAUUCGAAAGGUAAAGACAAAGCGCCACCACUUCAUGACAGGAAUAGAGUACUGGAAACCAUCGAGGAAGACGUGGGAGAUGCUAUCACCUCCUCCUCCGCAGAUCAUGAGCACGGUGAAGAUGAUUCUGGCGGAAGCGAGUAUAACAACAGGGAAGAUAGUGAGAUUGCAUACUUAGCAUCAAGUGGCAAAGGGAGAGCACGCAGUCUUUCUCGGGGUUCCAACACAGGAGUGUCCCAUGGUGCUGAGAAUAGGAGCCACGGCGAGGCCCAGGAUGACGAUAUGGAGAAUCACGGCGACGAGCACUUGUACCAUGAAGACGAAGACGGUGGUGGCAACGACCACGACGGCAGCUCCGGCACUGACGCCCCGCCAUCUAUGGGCGGAUAUGGAAUGCCAGUCCAGGUUCCUUGGGCUGAGCCGGUUGAUCCUCCAGUGCAGGAGUUCCGUUUGAGAGAGGACGGGAUAUGGGAUAUUAGAUCAGAGGGAAAGUAG